AAAAUAAAUAAAAAAAUAAAUAAAGAAAAAAAAUAAAAUAUAAAUUAACAAGAAAAUGAAAAAAGCAUUAGAAAGAUUACACGAUAUAGUUUUCUAACCUUCAAUAAGAUGGUAUAAAUUACCCAACCCAGAUGUAAGAAGAAGCAGAUAUCCAGCUCCAGGCUCAGAACCUAUAUUGGAAAGUGAUCACUAUAUAGAUUAUAAAACAUGCUUUAGAGACUCUAUUCAUAAUAUUCGUUAUCAUAAAGAUAUUAAUCCAUCAAUAGCUGGAUACGAAUCAUUAUAUGAUCCUAUUAAUUAAUUAGAUACAGAAAAAUUAUAUAUAUAUGGAUAUUUAAAAAAAGAAGAUUUUAACAAUUAAGAGAAAAUAUAGGCUGCAAUAUAAGAAUUUGAAAAAAAAGAAAAAAGACCUGUUUCCAGUUAUGUUGUAUACGAUUAAAAUUUUGCUGAAGAUAAGCCUGUAACAAAAGGAAAUAGAGAAUCUGUUUAACAUUUCAUACGUGAAUAAUUUGAAUUUUAUAGAGAAGUAAAUGCUUCUGAAAGAUAUACUAAUGAUGUGGAAACAUUAUAUAAACCUAACUUGUGGAUUUACAAACAAUAUGAUUUAGCAGCAGAUGAUCCAGUAUAUAGAUAAUUAAAAUUAGAUAUGGAGAGAGUUUUUGAAAUUUAAGCUUAUUAAAGAUAAGAAGAAGGAUAUUAAUAAACUUUUAAAGGCGAUCCUGAUUUUUGGUAAGUAUUAGAUAGUACUUUUGAUCCUGAAAAUAUUCAAAAAGUUUAAAUAGCGAUUGGUGACAAAACUACAAAUUAUGACACUAAGGAUUUAGCAUUAUAUCAUAAUAAAGAAAGAUAUCAUGUUUAAGGAAUUAUUUAAUAUCCUAUUCGCACUAAUUUAAUAAUAGAAUGAUAUUUUAUUUUUUUAAAUAAUUUAUAUUUUAUUAAAAAAAUGUCAAAAAAUAAAGUAUUUUACAUAAAAAUAUUUUAUUUUAAUUAUUUUUAUGUAUUUUUUAUUAUUUUAAAAAAUUAAAAGUAAUAAAUUUACUAAAACCAUGCAUUUUUUAUAUUU